AUGGAUCCUAGAAACAGGAGAGUGACAGUAGACAUCAGCCACCCUAGUUGCCAGCACACAAGGACAUCUGAAAGAAGUAACCUGAAUUUGGCCAAGACAGCUAACAAGGACCAUUUGGUUAUAGCCUACAACCAUCUUUUUGAAAGUAAGCAUUUCAAGGGUACGGAAAGUAUAAGUAAAGUGUCUGAGCAGGUGAAAAAUGUGAAGCUUAAUGAAGAUAAACCCAAAGAAACCAAGUCUGAAGAGACUCUGGAUAAGGGUCCACCAAAAUAUAUAAAAUCUGUUCUUAAAAAAGGAGAUAAAACCAACUUUCCCAAAAAGGGUGAUGUUGUUCACUGCUGGUAUACAGGAACACUACAAGAUGGGACUGUUUUUGAUACUAAUAUUCAAACAAGUUCAAAGAAGAAGAAAAAUGCCAAGCCUUUAAGUUUUAAGGUUGGAAUAGGCAAAGUUAUCAGAGGAUGGGAUGAAACAGUCUUAACUAUGAGUAAAGGAGAAAAGGCUCGACUAGAGAUUGAACCAGAAUGGGCUUAUGGAAAGAAAGGACAGCCUGAUGCCAAAAUUCCACCAAAUGCAAAACUCAUUUUUGAAGUAGAAUUAGUGGAUUUUGACUGAAAUAGCAGUGCUUCAGAUAUAAUG